CUCUCGAUAAUAAGACGUUGUAGGUGACAGAUCACUUCUGCGCAUCGUACGAGACAUUACUCUGCGAUGUUCUCAGAUAUUUGAUUUUUGCUAAGUAGCACCUACUAGAUACUGUUGAAUUUUCCAAGAUGCAAUGCAAAUUGUCAUUGUUACUGGCAAUAUGUGCGCUUGCUACUGUUCUGGCAAAAGACAAGAGACUCCUUGGAGCUGAAUCUGACUCUGAUGAGUCUGGAGAGCGGAACACACUUGAUACAACUACUGUAAAACCAGAGAGCAAAAUAAUCGCUAUAAAAAACGCGACGGACCUGGAGAGUCAGAUCACUGGGGCCGGCGACAAAUUGGUGAUCAUCUAUUUCAUGGUAACUUGGUGCCCGCACUGCCAAAAGAUGAAUCCCAUUAUCGAAGACAUUGCAGCCAAGACAGACAACUUGGUCGUUCUGAUGGUCGACAGAGAUAACCUUGAAAACGAUGAUGAUGUUUGGAAGUACGGGCUGAGUAACCUGCCUACUGUCCCAAGGUUCAUUUUUAUAAAGAAUGGGAAGAAAAUCGAUGAAAUACAUGGCAGUGACUGUGAUUUACGUGGUACUGUGUCUAAGUUCAUGUCGCCCUCAAAAAGUAGCUCAGAAUCAUCAAAUUCAUCGAAUUCAUCAGAAGAAUAACAGUAAAAUGAUUAACUGGUUUAUCA